AUGAGUAGCCCCAUGGACACUGUCACGGAAAAAGCAAUGGCAAUCAACAUGGCGCUUCUAGGCGGCAUCGGUGUAAUCCACAACCAGCCUGCCGAGGAACAGGCAGCCAUGGGUGGUCAGCUACUCGGUAUCGUCACUCUCGCGAUAUCCAGUUCCACGACCCGUCCGCCACUCAAAACGAUCAUGACCACCGACCUCGUCACUGCUCCCUCUGGAGUCACGCUCCUCGAGGCUAAUAACGUACUCAGAGAUUGCAAAAAGGGAAAACUUCCCAUCGUCGAUGCGUCUGGACGCCUCGUCUCCCUUCUCGCCCGUUCCGACUUGCUCAAAAACCAAAACUUUCCCCUCUCCUCGAAGCGUCCCGACUCAAAGCAGCUCUACGCUGCGGCUGCAAUCGGAACGCGCCUAGCCGACCGCGAUCGUCUGGCCUUGCUCGUGGAAGCAGGGCUUGACAUUGUCAUCCUAGAUUCGAGUCAGGGUAACUCGAUCUAUCAGAUUGAAAUGAUCCAAUGGAUCAAACAAAAAUGGCCAGAUCUCGAGGUUGUAGCCGGAAACGAGCCGACCCUUCGUGUCGGUAUGGGUAGUGGGUCGAUUUGUAUCACCCAAGAGGUCAUGGCUGUCGGUCGUCCGCAAGCUACAGCCGUCUACCAAGUCGCCGAAUUCGCAUCCAAGUUUGGCGUACCAGUCAUUGCGGAUGGAGGCAUAUCCAAUGUUGGUCAUAUCGUCAAGGCACUCGCAAUGGGUGCGAGUGCUGUCAUGAUGGUGGUCUCUUAG